AUGGGGCCGAAGAUGGCGGAGGAGGAGUUCCCCAACACAACUCACGAAGCUUUCAAUGUCACCCUCCACACUAGCCUGGUUGUCACUACAAAACUGGUGCUCCCGACCCCUGCCAAGCCCAUCCUCCCCGUGCAGACGGGGGAGCAGGCUCAGCAGGAGGAACAGUCGAGUGGCAUGACCAUUUUCUUCAGCCUCCUUGUCCUAGCUAUCUGCAUCAUAUUGGUGCAUUUACUGAUUCGAUACAGAUUACAUUUCUUGCCAGAGAGUGUUGCUGUUGUUUCCUUAGGUAUUCUCAUGGGAGCAGUUAUAAAAAUUAUAGAGUUUAAAAAACUGGCAAAUUGGAAGGAAGAAGAAAUGUUUCGUCCAAAUAUGUUUUUCCUUCUAUUGCUUCCACCUAUUAUAUUUGAGUCAGGAUAUUCACUACACAAGGGUAACUUCUUUCAAAAUAUUGGUUCCAUCAUCUUGUUUUCUGUUUUUGGUACAGCAAUUUCUGCUUUUGUAGUAGGUGGAGGAAUUUAUUUUCUGGGUCAGGCUGAUGUAAUCUCUAAACUCAACAUGACAGACAGUUUUGCAUUUGGCUCCCUAAUUUCUGCCGUCGAUCCAGUGGCUACUAUUGCCAUUUUCAAUGCACUCCACAUAGACCCAGUGCUCAACAUGCUGGUUUUUGGAGAGAGUAUUCUCAACGAUGCAGUCUCCAUCGUCUUGACCAAGGCUGUUUUCUUGACCUCUGCAUUUUGUGGCAUUCAUUAG